CCUAUAAAAUGUGAAGUUUGCUCUGGUUGUCGAUUCCAUGAUUAUUAUUAGGUCUUAAUACAGGCAGGCACAUUAUCAGGAGUCCGGAAAACAAGGUCCUGAUGGAGUAGGUUUAUUGAUUUAUCUUUUGUUUCACAGGAGAAAAAUAAGCAGAUCCUAGUGCUAGGACUGGAUGGCGCAGGGAAAACCAGCAUCCUUCACUCUCUAGCUUUAAACAGAGUCCAGCAUAGCAAAGAACCCACCCAAGGUUUCAAUGCUGUUUGCAUCGACACUGAAGACAACCAAAUGGAGUUCCUGGAGAUUGGUGGCAGCGAGCCUUUCCGUUCCUCCUGGGAAAUGUACCUGCCGAAGGGAUUGUUGCUGAUCUUUGUGGUGGAUUCAGCAGAUCACAAUCGCUUACCUGAAGCCAAAAAAUAUCUUCACCAACUAACAGAAGCAAAUCCAAUCCUUCCUCUGGUUGUGUUUGCACACAAACAGGAUCUCGAAGCAGCCUAUCACAUUACAGAUAUCCACGAAGCUUUAGGGUUAUCUGAGGUAGGAAACGACAGAAAGCUGUUCUUGUUUGGAACUCAAGUGACCACAAAUGGCUCAGAGAUACCGUCUACCAUGCAAGAUGCCAAAGACCUGAUUGCACACCUGGCUACAGACAUGCCAUAAGCAGGACGAGGCCCACUGUAUGACUCACCACGUUAAAUGUCAUCAGGGAAUGUUGAAUGGCAGGCUUGAAGUCAAAGGUUUCCACUUUCAAUUAAAAAAUAAGACAUUUCCUGUUUUCUCAAUGCAUGGCAUAUAUACAAAGAUAAUGCUAAUUCAUUACAGAGUAUCUAUGUAUUUAGACUUUGAACUUUAAACACAUUUGUAGCUGGGUGUGGUGGUGCACAACUGUA